UAACGCAUACACGGUAAGCAUACACACAGGAACAAUCGAGCAAAAAAGACCCCUCUAAUCAGAUAUCUUUAACUGCUCGGGAUUUAUUUUCCAAAACACUGUACCGGUUUAAACAUGGCAAGCGUCAAGAGCCCGGUCAGAAUUGACAAUUUUUUGCAGUUUUCGGCGAAAACUUUGAAAGGAGAAAAAAUUGACUUCAAGCAGUAUGAGGGGAAGGUGAUUUUGGUGGUGAAUGUGGCUUCCCUCUGAGACACCACCAAGAGGGACUACCCGAUGAUGAACGAGCUGGUCGACAAAUUCGCCGGCAAGCUUGUGGUUCUCGGGUUUCCCUCCAACCAAUUUGGUCACCAGGAAAAUGGAAAUGGAGUAGAGAUUCUGAAUACUCUGAAGUACGUGCGCCCUGGCAAUGGAUUCGAACCCAAGUUUCCGGUCUUCGAAAAGCUAGAAGUGAACGGAGAAAACGCCCACCCCAUCUUCAAAUUCCUGAGGGAGCGUCUGCCCCUCCCGAGUGACGACUCCACCUCAUUCAUGACCAGCGCCAGUAAAAUUCUCUGGGCCCCCGUGAGCAGGAACGAUAUAGCGUGGAACUUCGAGAAGUUUCUUAUCACACCUGACGGCAAACCGCACCGGCGCUACAGCAGACAUUACAUCAUGACGAAUAUUCAGAGUGAAAUCAAGAAACUUAUAGAGGAGUUUAAGGUUAAAUAAUAGUCCUUAAUUGUCCUUAUUGAAAACAUUACAUUAUCUCCUAUUCAUUAUUAUUUUUAAGUUAAACAAGAAAUUGUAAAUGUGUAAAGGUGAACUGUAUCCAUGAGUAUUCUUCUAUAAAGCUCCUGCCACAGAGAAGGGAGAAUAUGAUGUACAACGACAACUCCCCUCUAUUCAUUUACGUUUUCUUGUUGCUGGAAUUCAUGUAAACAUUAAAAGUUCAAAACAUAAUGAAA